AUGGAUUCCGAAAUUUGUACACUUCUUUUAUUAACAUGCACAAUUAUACACGUUAUCUCAAAUAAAGUAAGAAGAAAACUAAACUACAAACUUCCACCAGGACCUUCUCCUCUUGCCCUUGUGGCAAACCUGGUUGAACUUAGCAAAAGGCCACAACAAACACUGGCCAAGCUAGCCAAGCUCCAUGGCCCCAUAAUGUGUUUGAAGCUUGGUCAACUAACCACCAUAGUUAUCUCUUCACCAGACAUAGCCAAAGAGGUACUCCAAACCCAUGAUUUGUUAUUCUCAAACCGAACAAUUCCACAAGCCACAACGGUUCACAACCACAACCAUUAUAGCUUACCCUUCCUCCCCGUUUCACCUCUUUGGAGAGACCUUAGGAAAAUAUGCAACAACCAAUUGUUCAACAACAAGUCCCUUGAUGCAAGCCAAAACCUUAGACGCAAGAAACUGCAUGAACUUCUAAAUCAUGUGCAUGCAUGCAGCCUCAAGGGUGAAGCGGUGGAUAUUGGAAAUGUGGCGUUUAGGACCGCAAUUAAUUUUUUGGCAAACACUUUUUUCUCUUUGGAUUUUGUUAACUCUGUAGGUGAAGGUGAAGAGUACAAGGGCAUAGUGGAGAAUCUUGUGAGAGCAAUUGGAACGCCAAACUUGGUGGAUUUUUUGCCUUUGUUGAAGAUGGUUGAUCCACAAGGCAUUAGAAGACGCUCGUCUACUUAUAUUUCCAUGUUGUUCGUUAUUUUUGAUCGGUUGAUUUACAAAAGAUUGGAGUUCGGAGAUGCCACAAUUGAUGAUGACAUGUUAGAUAAGUUGCUCAACAUUUCUCAAGAGGAUGGCCAGAAGAUGGAUCACAAAAAGAUUAAGCAUUUAUUCCUUGAUCUAAUUGUUGCUGGAACUGAUACAACUUCUUAUACAAUAAAAUGUGCAAUGGCUGAGCUAAUCAAUAACCCUAAUGCAAUGUCAAAAGCCAAAAGGGAGCUUGAGCAAAGCAUUGGAAUAGGCAAUCCAAUCGAAGAAUCAGACGUUACAAGACUCCCAUAUUUGUGUGCAAUAAUAAAAGAGACAUUACGCUUGCACCCUGCGGCCCCACUUUUGCUACCACGAAAAGGCAACAUAGAUGUGGAGAUCAAUGGCUACACUAUUCCACAAGGUGCACAAAUUUUCAUUAAUGUAUGGGCUAUUGGAAGGGACCCUAGCAUAUGGGAUAACCCUAAUUCAUUUUCACCUGAGAGAUUUUUGGGUUCAGAAAUUGAUGUCAAAGGUCGACAUUCUCAAUUAACACCGUUUGGUGGUGGGCGACGAAUUUGCCCCGGGUUGCCACUUGCUAUGAGGAUGUUGCAUUUGAUGUUGGGAUCGUUGAUCAAUGGUUUUGAUUGGAAAUUUGAGAAUGAUGUGAAUCCAGAUAUCGACAUGGGUCAACCCUUAAGAGCUAUUCCAUUUAGAAUAAACAAAUAA